AAGAACAAAGCAGUUACCCUCAUUAACCAAGCCUUCCCCAUUCUUCUCCCUCUUUUCAAAUUUUUUUCAUUCUUACAGAUUCAUAUAAUACAAGCUAUAGUAAAAUGGGAAGAUCGCCGUGUUGCGAUGAGAGUGGGCUAAAGAAAGGGCCAUGGACGCCAGAAGAAGAUCAGAAACUGAUAAAUCACAUACGAAAGCACGGUCAUGGAAGCUGGAGAGCUCUUCCAAAGCAAGCCGGUUUAAACCGGUGUGGGAAGAGUUGCAGAUUGAGAUGGACUAACUACUUGAGACCAGACAUCAAAAGAGGAAACUUCACUGCUGAAGAAGACCAAACCAUCAUUAACCUUCAUUCUCUUCUUGGAAACAAGUGGUCGUCCAUAGCUGGUCAUCUUCCUGGAAGAACUGAUAACGAAAUAAAAAAUUAUUGGAACACGCAUAUUAGAAAGAAACUUCUUCAGAUGGGAAUCGAUCCGGUGACCCACAGGCCAAGAACCGACCAUCUAAACGUUCUAGCCGCUUUACCGCAACUUCUAGCCGCCGCAAAUUUCAAUAACCUCUUGACUCUAAAUCAAAACAUACAAUUGGAUGCAACAAGUGUUGCAAAAGCCCAAUUGUUACAUAGUAUGAUUCAAGUCCUCAACAUCAACAACCAUACCUCUUCUUCUUCCUUUAACAUUCAUCACACCAACAAUAACAACUUUGGUCAAUCUUCUUUCUUAGAGAACCGACCAAAUAUAAGUGAAAAUCUCUAUGAUCCAACCGAAAGCCUCUCUCACAUUGAUCACCAGCCUUUGGGUUCGUUUUCUAGCCUGCAUGGAUUAUUUCCUCAUCAAAAUGAUCAAGAUAUGAUUCCUCCAUUGAUUUCGGCCUCUUCUGAUGAGUCUAAGCAAACCCAAAUGAUGAUCAAGAACAAGGAGAUUUUAAAGCAUAGUGAUCAUACUUCAAACCCUUCAUCGACCUCAACGUUCACACAAGACCAUCAGCCAUGGUGUGACAUAAUUGAUGAUGAAGCAAGUGAUUCUUUUUGGAAAGAAAUCAUAGAGCAAACUUGUUCAGAGCCUUGGCCAUUCCGUGAAUAGAGACGAGAUAAACACACAUGUCUUAAAUUUUCUUUCUUAUUUUUU